UCAACAGAUGAGCAGAAACAUGAAUAACUAGCUAAAACUAGUAAAAGCUCCAAAUCCUGAGAAUAUUAUCAGCCAGAAACAUGCUGUUGUCAGGUAAAGUGAUCCAAUUCAAGAGCCAUUACUUAAUGGACAGAAAUCAUGUAAUAAGAGGCACAAACGUGGGACGACUGCCUAGGAAACAGGAGACCUGAGGUCAAAUACUGGAAAAUGAUUAAAAAGGACAACAGUGCUGUGCAGCCUGACCUUUAAUGCUCACACAUCAGGAGUGGUCUUUACAGUACUGGGUUACUUGAAUCUUUCAUUUUUGCCAUCUGAUACCUUGAAAUUAAAUAAUAAAGAAGUGAAAUUCUUCACUACGACAAAUAUUUCGAAGCGAUGAAUAAUCUACAAGAAAACCAGUAUCUAGUGGCUAGGCCCAUAUAUUCGGAAAACUCAUUUUCUUCAAAACAUGAAAAAAUAAACAGGUAUCACAAAACAUUUUUGGAUCACCUCAAGGGGUUCUUUGGGUGUUCUGCUGCAAAGGCCAAGCGAAUAGCCUUUACUUUCCUACCUAUAGCUUCAUGGCUUCCUAUGUAUAAUUUCAAGGAAUGGUUACUCAGUGACAUUAUUUCUGGUAUCAGCACUGGGACUGUGGCAAUAUUGCAAGCCUUGGCGUUUGCUCUACUUGUGAAUGUGUCUCCUGCGUAUGGACUUUAUUCUGCAUUUUAUCCUGUCAUCAUUUAUUUUUUUUUGGGAACUUCCAAGCAUAUAUCAGUAGGUCCUUUUCCUGUUUUGAGUUUGAUGGUAGGGACAGUCGUACUGCGAUUAGUUCCAGAUAUUAGCAAUGGAAUGGUAAAUGGAACUGACACAGUGCUCUUCAAUAUGACAAAUGAAACAGAAGGCCUAUCAAUUGCUGAGAAAAGGGUUAUUGUUGCAGGAACUGUGACGGUCCUUGCAGGGAUUUUUCAGCUGGCUUUGGGGUUACUACAAAUUGGUUUCAUAGUAAUCUAUUUAUCGGAUCCCUUAAUAAGCGGAUUCACCACAGGUGCAGCUGUUCAGGUUUCUGUGUCUCAAAUAAAAUUCCUCCUCGGAAUUAAAGUAGCGAACUUCAGUGGACCUCUGGCCUUCUUUUAUACCUUAAAAGACAUCAUAUUAAAGAUUACAGGCACCAACAUUGCAGAUCUUGUCACAUCGAUUAUCAUUAUGGUUGUGGUUUUCAUUGUCAAAGAAGUGAACGAACGUUACAAAUCAAAAAUUCCUAUACCAAUCCCUAUCGAGCUUAUUAUGACAGUUCUCGCAACUGGGAUCUCAUAUGCAUUUGAUUUUCGUAAAAGAUUUAAUGUACAGGUUAUUGGAAUCCUAGAAAGAGGAUACCAGGCUCCAAUAACACCAGAUGUUUCAAUUUUUCAAGAGUGCAUUGCUGAUGGAUUUGCUAUUGGGAUUGUUGCUUUUGCUGUAGGAUUUUCUGUUGCUAGAGUAUAUUCAAUCAAACACGAUUACCCUAUAAAUGGAAGCCAGGAGUUAGUAGCAUUUGGAAUUGGCAAUAUAUUCUGUGGUUGCUUUAGAGGGUUUGCAGUUAGCACAUCUCUGUCAAGAUCAGCAGUUCAGGAAAGCACUGGCGGCAAAAGCCAGAUUGCUGGUGUUCUUUCAGCUCUAAUAGUUAUGAUUGUUACGUUGGCUAUUGGGUUCCUCCUGGAAACCUUACCAAAGUCCGUGCUUGGAGCGCUAGUCUUAAUUAAUUUAAAGGGGAUGCUGAUGCAGUGUGAACAAAUUCCCAUAUUGUGGAGAAAGGAUAGAUAUGACUGUUCUGUAUGGGUGGUAACUUUUAUAGCUGCUGUUGUGCUGGGACUUGACCUUGGAUUGGCUGCAGGUGUUGGAUACGAGCUGCUGACUGUUGUGUUCCGUACACAGUUCCCAAAAUGUACCUUGGUAGCUAGCAUUGGAAGAACCAACAUCUACAAAAACCGAAAGGACUACACAGAUAUUUAUGAGCCAGAGGGAGUGAAGAUUUUCAAAUGUCCUUCUCCAAUAUUUUUUGCUAAUGCUAAUUUCAUUAAGGACAAACUUACGGCAGCUGUCGGGUUUAAUCCAUUGAGGGUGUUAAGGAAACGUAAUAAGGCCCUGCGAAAAAUAAAAACUAUGUUGAAAAAAGGAGAUUUGCACGUAUCACCUAAAGGUUUGGUUUGCACAUCGUACGAUAAUUACAUAGAUAUGGAGGAGGAUGAUAUUGAAUUUGAUAAUAACAGAGUGGAAGAGCUGCACAAGCCUAUAAAAACCGACGAUCUUCCUUUUAAAAUUGACUGGAAUUCAGAUCUUCCAAAUGGCAUAAUAGUUCCAAGUGUUGAUAUCCAUAGCUUAAUUCUUGAUUUUGGAGCUGUUUCAUUUAUUGAUAUCUCUGGAAUGAAAGCCCUCAAAGGGAUUAUAAAAGAAUUUUUGAAGAUUGAAAUUGAAGUGUACAUUGCUAAUAUUGACAGUGAUGUCUUGGAUAAACUGAAGAACUGUGAGUUUUUUGAUGAUGACAUUUCAACAUCAAUGUUUUUCAUCACUGUCCAUGAUGCUGUGCUUUUUGUGUUUGAAAAAAAAUGCAUGAAACAGCCUUAUGAAAUGAGCGCAUUAAAGCUGAGCGGAUAUAGCCCAUAUGUAAGUGGUUACACUAAUGGAGAUUUGCGUCACAGAGAACUUGCUAUACCAAGUGAAACAAAAUUUUGAUGCAUUUAUAAGAACUAAUUUUCUGACUUGAAGUACUACUACAAGCGGUUUCUUUCUCACUUACCAUUUUAAUAACUGAAUGGGGCCAAAUUAAUAUGUUUUGUUCAACAAUUCAAUAGCAUGUGUUCAAAAGCAUAUUGUAUUAUCAGACCUCAUCAAUAGGGACAUUAAACGCAAACAAAAAUUGACAUGCAUAAGGAAGAUUUUUUUUAAAAUAUAUUGAAAUAUUAUUUGAUUGAAAAAGGAUGCUAAAAAAGUUUUUUAGCAGACAAAUAUUGGAAAAAAAGAAAAAGAAAUUUGGAUUUCAAUUGUGAAUAGAAAAAAUUUUGCCACAAGUUUUUAACAAGAGUUAUCACAGUUCCUUUUGAAGUACAUAUGCUCCAUGCACCGCACUGAAAUGCCACGCCUGUUUAGAGAGUGGCGCAAACUGAGUCACCUCUGAUGCGAUAGAUGCUACUGCUGUCUCUUUAGGUCCAGUUUCAUACCGGCUCAUCUGAUCAUAAUAUUUUUUAAAAGAAUAGUAGUAAAGUCCUGCAAUCUGUUUAUUCAACACUAGGUGACAGCACUGGGUGUAUUUUCUACAUGUACUGUAUCUGGUUCACUAUGUAUGUACAGGAGUAACAGAAGUUAAAAAAUUCUAUAGCAGUUUAACCAGGAUAUAUCCACACAAAACAAUUAAAUCAUUAUCAUUAAAGGGACAGUCAACCACAGCAUUUUUGUUGUUUACAAAGAAAGAUAAUCCCUUUAUUACCCAUUCCCCAGUUUUGCAUAACCAACACUGUUAUAUUAAUAUACAUUUUACCUCUGUAAUUACCUUGUAUCUAAGCCUCUGCAGACUGCCCCCUUAUUUCAGUUCUUUUGACAGACUUGCAUUUUAGCCAAUCAGUGCUCACUCCAGGGUAACUUCACGUGCAUGAGCUCAAUGUUAUCUAUAUGAAACACAUGAACUAAUGCCCUCUAGUGGUCAAAAUCAUUCAGAUUAGAGGCAGUCUUCAAGGUCUAAGAAAUUAGCAUAUGAACCUCCUAGAAUUAGCUUUCAGCUAAGAAUACCAAGAGAACAAAGCAAAAUUGGUGAUAAAAGUAAAUUGGAAAGUUGUUUAAAAUUACAUUCCCUAUUUGAAUCAAGACAGUUUUUUUUGGACUUGACUGUCCCUCUAAGUGAGACACAUAUAGUGCUCUAUCACUAAAUAAUAUUAAUGUGAGUUUGAUCAAAGGGAAAUGAAAACCCAAAAUGUUAUUUCAUGAUUCAGAUAGAGCAUACAGUUUUAAAGAACUUUCCAAUUUACUUCUAUUAUAUAAUUUGCUUAAUUAUCUUAGUAUCUUUUGUUGAAGAAGCAGCAGUGCACUACUGGGAGCUAUCUAAACACAUUGGUCAUCCAUUUACAAAAGGCAUAUAUGUGCAACUACCAAUCAGCACCUCCUGAGUAUACCUAGGUAUCCUUUUCAAAAAAGAAUAUCAACAGAAAAAAAUAAUCAGAUAAUAGAAGUAAAUUGGAAAGUUGUUUAAAAACCAUUGCUUUAUCUGAAUCAUGAAAUAAAAAAAUUGGGUUUCAUAUCCCUUUAAGUUGCUCAUAUUGAGCCACUAUGAGAAACAUGCCUUUAAACACCUUGUUUUUUCUUAUGAAGAAUAUGUUCUAUGCAAAUAGUUAAUAUUUGGAUAGAUAGGUAUAAAAAAUUAUAGAUAAGCACUGAAAAAGAUCUAAAUGAGAAAUAGUGCGAAAAAGGUCAAGCCUGCCCUUGGAACAACUAACAGAAAACUUAAAUGUAUGUCUGGCUCCAUAUCAAAAAGUUUAACAUAACUAUUAUGAUACAAUAUCAUUUCAUUUUUCUUAUGUCCUCUCACUGUUUGAUUGCUAUUACAUUUUUGUCUGGUGAUUUUCACUACAACAUCUAUGUAGAAGGAUUAUUACACAGGUCCUGCUCUCUAAAAAAAUAGUUAUUACAUCUUUACAGUUAAAUGGAUAAAGCUUCCUUAUGAGAAGUUAUACAAUAAAUACAUUAUUUAAUAUGAUGAAUUCAUAUGUUUUGUUUUUGUUACUGUUGUUGAGGAGAGUCGUAUAGAGCGAGGCAGAGAGUUCCACAAAACAGGGGCCAGCCAAAGGAAGUCUUGUAGACGGUAAUGUGAGGAGGUAACAAGAGAGGAGCAGAGAAGGAGGUAAUGAGCAGAGCGAAGGGGACAGGAGGGAGUGUAUCUGGAGACUAAGUUGGAGAUAUAGGCCCAUAUUUAUCACGCUCCAUACGGAGCUUGAAGGGCAGUGUUUCUGGCGAGUCUUCAGACUCGCCAGAAACACAAGUUAUGAAGCAGCGGUCUAAAGACCGCUGCUCCAUAACCCUGUCUGCCUGCUCUGAGCAGGCGGACAGGAAUCGCCGGAAAUCAACCCGAUCGAGUACGAUCGGGUUGAUUGACACCCCCCUUCUGGCGGCCGAUUGGCCGCGAGUCAGGAGGGGGCGGCGUUGCACCAGCAGUUCUUGUGAGCUGCUGGUGCAAUGUUAAAUGCAGAGAGCGUAUUGCUCUCCGCAUUUAGCGAGGUCUUGCAGACCUGAUCCACACUGUCGGAUCAGGUCCGCAAGACCUUUGAUAAAUAGGGGCCAUAGGGUGGAGCAGUAUUAUUGAGAGCUUUAAAAGUUAGAGUCUGGAUUUUAUGUCUCAUUCUGGAGGUUAGAGGAAGCCAGUGAAGGGACUGGCAGAAAGGUGCAGCCGAUGAGGAGCGACCUGUUAGGAAGAUUAGCCUGGCAGAAGCAUUUAUUAUGGACAUAGAUGGCAGCUAUGUAGGCCGGAGAGGAUGGAGUUGCAAUAGUCAAAGCGGGUAAUGAUGAGAGAGUAAAUUAAAGUCUUAGUUGUGUCUAGUGUGAGGAAGUCGUGAAUUAUGGAGCUGUUUUAAAGGUGGAGGCGGCAGGAAUUAGCCAAAGACUGGAUGUGGAGAGUGAAAGAGAGAUCUGUGUCAAGUGUGACCCCAAGACAUCGUGCAUGCGGGGUUGGGGUAAUGAUGUUAUUAUCAACAGUUAGAGAAAGUUGGGGGCUUUUAUUAGAAGGGGGGGAAAUAAGGAGCUCAGUUUUGGAGAGAUUUAGCUUAAGGUAGUGAGAGGACAUCCAUGAAGAAAUAUUAGAAAGACAGUUAGUGACACGAGUUAGUAAGGAAGGGGAUAGGUCUGGGGCAGAGAUGUGGAUUUGGGUAUCAUGAGAAUUGCAGGGGACCAAGGACAGAGCCUUGUGGUACCCCAACAGAAAGUGGUAAAGGGUCAGAGUAUGUGCCAGAGAAGGUUACACUAAAGGUCUUGUUAGACAGGUAAGAGGAGGGCCAAAAGCGAGCAGUGUCACAGAUGCCGAUGGAUUAGAGGGUUUAGAGCAGAGAGUGUGGUCAACAGUGUCAAAGGCUGCAGACAGAUCAAGAAGGAUUAACAAAGAAAAGAGGCCUUUUAAUUUUGUUGUAAUUAGAUCAUUAGUAACCUUAGGAUUGCAGUUUUUGUGGAUUGUUGGGGGCAAAAUCCAGAUUGCAAUGGUUCAAGGAGGGAGUUUAAUGUGAGGAAACAUGAUAAACGUGUAUAUAAGAGACUUUACAGAAGUUUUGAGGCGAGGGGGAGUAGGGAAAUAGGGCAGUAGUUGGAAGGGGAUAAUGGAUCAAGAGAAGAUUUUUUGAGGAUUGCUGUGAUUAGUGCAUGUUUAAGGGAUGAGGGCAAUAUACCAGUGCUGAGGGAGAGAUUAAAAAUAUAUGUGAGGAUAGAAGUAGAAGAGAGGGAGGGCAGUAAUUGGGAGGGGAUGGGACAGGUAGGGGACAGGUAGUGUGGUGAGAGGAGGCUAUAAGGGCAGAUACGUCUUCCUCAUUAGCAGGAGCAAAAAAGCGGAGUCUGUGGCUUUGUGGGUUUUGGAUAUUGGUGAUCGGUUGAGGGGGUUGGAGACUGAUAGUGUGUUGAGAUAUUAUUUUGUUUCUGAUAGAAUCUAUUUUGUUGGUGAAGUGGUUGGAAAAAUCUUGAGCUGAGAGAAAAGUGGAAAUAGGAGAUGGGGGUGGGCAGAGAAGGGUGUAAAAAGUGGAGAACAGGCGCUUUGGGUUUCAAGAAAGAGUAGAGAUCAGAGUAGAGAAGUAAUCCUGCUUGGAGAGGUUAAAGGCAGAAUAGUUGGAGUUUAAGAUGAACUUGUAAGGAAGGAAGUCAGCUGAACAAUGGGAUUUUCUCCAAUGUCACUCAGCAAUGCCGUAAAAAAUCUGCAUAAGUAGCAUGUCAGAUGAGUAUGCCAGGGCUGAGGAUGAGUGUGUAACUUUUGGGUUAUGGUAUGAGGUGCCAAACUGUCAAGGACUGCUGUAAGAGUAGAAUUAUAGUGACAGAUAGAUUGGCCAGGGCAGGAAAAGGAGCAAAUAGAAGAGAGCAGAGGUUUGAGAGAGUUUGAAAGAUGUUACCGAUCAAGUGACUUAAUGCUCCUGCAGAAUUUGGUGUGAGGGCAGUAGGAAGUGCUGUGAUAUUACAAGUGAGGAGAUGAUGGUCAGAAAAAGGAAAGCAGUAAUUUGUGAACUUUGAGAGAGUGCUUCGAAAGCUGAAAAUCAGAUCAAGGGAGAGUCAGACCAUAGUGACAUACCGUACGAGGAAGUUUUUUUGCAGCAGGGGUAGUGGGAUUGUUGACAAGGAGCUGGAAAUCUUCAAGAAUGAGGGAAGGGAUGGCUGAGCAGAGGCAAUAAAGUAGCCAUAAUGGGCAAUAUAUAAUCGCAACACACAGAGAUAGAGGAGAGAAUAAGAUAAUCAUGUGGGUUUCGAAGGAAGAAAAUGUGAGGGAAGAGAUGGGUUGUAUUUGUUGAAAGGGGAAAGUAGGUACACAGAGCAAGAGUUCCAGAUAUGACCAAAUGUCUAUUUAAUAUUAACAUUCAUUACAAUUAAUUUGCAAAUAUUGUACAAGUAACACAUUAAAUGGACAUUGCAGUCAAAAAUUUAACUACACAUUAGUUCAUUUCAAAUUUGAUUAAACAUUAUUGCAAUAUACUUUAUUAAGCAAAACUGCAGCUAGCGAAACUAACAGUUUUAUUGAUAAUGUGUUCUGUGCACAUGACUUGUGGAGUAUACUUAUCUAUGUCUUGUACACUAGAAUUCAUUUUUCAGAUUGCAGUUGGUGUCCCAUAUUAUGUAGUCAGUCAUGUAUCGAUACAAAACUGAAAUAAAUUAAAUUAGUGUGCAGGUCAAUUUUGACUAAAAUGUUUUAAUUUUUUUACUUUAUUAUGAAAGCUAUUCAAAGUACAAUGUAUAUAUUUCCUAUAUGGUUCUUCCAUUUAUAUUGUAUUACUUACUCUGUUCUUAUCAAACAUCAUCUAUAUACCUUCAAAUAUUUGCUGCUAUAACCUAUUAUGAAAUUGUUACAUUCUGUGUACUAAUAAUUUGAUUGUUGUUAAAUAAAAAUGAUAAAUUGAAUACAGGUCACUUUUUUAAACAAACAAAAAAUGUAACCAAAUUUAAUUGUAUAUAAUUAAAUUCAUGUGUGUUAAAGUGUUUUA